AUGAUUGAGUCAAGAGAUAAUGGCAGUCUGUUACGGGACGACUACAGGCAACAGAUUUGGGACUUGAUCCACGAAAUCAACACCGAUAUCACUGUAGAGGUCACGUAUCCUACUAUGGACAUCCUGGGCAAACAGAUCUUUAUCGCCAGUAAUAUCUAUGGCGUUAGCCUUGUCAACGACACUAACAAUAUCGAAUCGUUCACUACCGUCAUUCUUCGUUAUUAUAUGGUUUAUCCUGAAACGAAGCCGCUUCUCGACUGGGAAGCCAAGACGGUCCGCCUUCUCUAUGAUUCCGACAAAUAUGCCUUACUACGGUGUAGUGCUGGAUCGGAUAAUUUAGUAGCGAAAGAGGUGAAGGAAAUGGGGACGAAAUCGGCUCCGUACAAGCGACGGGAGUCUAAACCAGUGGAGGCGCUGCUCGGCGGUGUGACACCUUUGCUAGCUGGAGUUGCAACUGUGGGACUAGUGUCUGCCACUGGACUUGCCUUUCAGUCAAUCGUCGUCAGCACUUUGUUCCUGACAUUCGCCAUCUAUUCGGUUGCUGCCAGUGUGAUUUGUUACCUUUACCAGCUAAUACUCUUCCCGGCAAUUCUCACCUUAACGGCACACAAGGAGUACAAAGCAAUUGACGACGGUUCGAAAAAAGCAUGUGUCUGGCCUGAAGAGUUGCCUUGCAUCAAAAAAGCUGGAAUAUUCCAUGAUCGUGCCUGGAAAGGUUCUCAUUGCUACUGGAUAGUAACAUACUACGGUAUCUCGAUUGUUGAAACUGAUCUGGCCGUGCAGACGCUCGCACCACCGGAUGCACGCAUUGUUCAGUUCAAAGUGCGCUAUGACGAAGUCAUCAGGGGAAUGCAAACCGCUGCAAUCGUGGUGACAACACCAGGUGAUCUGCGGGACUCGAAGAGGUUCGCUGACGUGAGCAACAUGAUCAAAGACUAUGAAACCGCUAGCUACAGCUAUGGUCCCGAAUCGACUUUCUGCUUCUUGAAACCCUACAUGGACUUCCUGAUGUUCCGAGAAGUUGAAGAAAGACCAGGUACAAUGCGAAUCAAUGAGACCGCAUGCGCUCUGAAUGAACCGUUAUGUCUGACAUCGUUCCUCUUCACCACAGGCUUUACGACACUGUCAAGCUACAGGGAGAUGUUUCCACUAAUUCAAGAAUGGCGUGCAAUCAGUAACAAGUAUCCUGAUCUUGGAGUAUACGCAUAUUCAGAACGCAGCACCUAUGCCGAUCAGACAGAUGCUCUUGGUGACGUCAUUUGGCAAACACUUUACUCCGAAGUAAUUUGUAUGGGUAUCUCUUUCAUCGUCUUUAUACCAGAUGUGGUGUCUAUCGUUGCUGCUAUGUAUUUGGAUUUCUCUCCUUCCUUAUGGGGUGUCGGCAUCAAUCCAGUCUCAAUGGCUUCUCUACUUAUGUCCAUCGGAUUCAGUGUCGACAUAUCUGCUCAUAUCAGCUAUCACUACUACCAAGUGAAAGCGCCGACACCGCUUGAGAAGUUGGAAGACGCAUUUUUGAACAUUGGAUGGCCGACGAUGCAAGGCGGAUUGAGUACAUUCUUCGCAAUGUUACCAGUUCUCAUCAAGCCGAGUUAUCUUGGAAUGGUGUUCUUCAAGACUGUUGCUUUGGUGUCGAUAUUUGGACUCAUUCAUGGUCUGAUCGUUCUUCCGGUAUUCCUUACUAUGCUCACCUCACUACGACGGAAGUGCGGUCGAAGUACGGUAGCACCAGCUGACGGCGAUCAGUCAGACAGUGGUAGCAGUACGUGCACGGUUCCACCGCAUCGGAUCUCCGUCAAGAGUUUUACUGUCUACAAAGGGCACGAGUAG